AUGAAACCCUCAUCCGCUUGCAUGCUCGGAACGACUAUUGCCGCCCUUCUCUCAAGCACGACUGCUCAGGAGUCGCAAGAUGAGCACCCCGUGCUCCUUCUCAGCGAGGACGAAUCUUUCCAUUUCGAACUGCUGGUACCUCUAGGUGAGGCCAUUUACAGCGGUGCAGACAUUAACCCUCUACUUGCCGCGGCCAAAACAAUCACCCCUGGUGAUUUCGACAGCUUCAGCGAAGUCUUCUACGACCUUGCCAACAAAACAAAGCUUCAAGCUGAAGAUCCUGACAAUGCGUACGAUCUCGUCAACGUAAGAGAUACUUGGUUCUCAGCGGCGACGUACUUCCGCCGUGCAGACUUCUACCUCCACGGGGACUGGGAGAAUCCACUCAUCAAUACCCUUUGGGAUGAGCAGCUUGCAGCUUUCGACAUGGGGCUUUCGUCGCUGCCCCAUCCGGCUCAUCGGGUCCAGAUUCCUGCGGACAACUUUACAAUUGAAGCUAUCUGGUACGCGCCGUCUUAUGACAACAGCACGCAACGCCCGACCCUCAUCCUGGGCAAUGGUUACGAUGGUGCUCAGGAAGACUUGUACCAUACAGUUGUUGUCCCAGCCUUGGCACGCGGAUGGAAUGCGAUCACAUACGAGGGUCCCGGCCACCCGAAAGUGCGCCGCGAACAGAAUAUUGGUUUCAUUCAUAACUGGGAAGCGGUAAUCACCCCGCUAGUUGAUUACGUCCUCUCUGAAAAGGAAGGAGUCGUCGAUCCUCUCCGGCUGGUGCUGUUCGGGUACUCUAUGGGUGGUUAUCUCUCUGCACGAGCAGCUGCCUUCGAGUCACGGCUGUCUGCUGUGCUUCUCAAUGGAGGGAUUUACAGUCUUUACGAUUCUUAUUCACCUCAACUGCCGCCUGAAGCUCUGGAACUCUUCAACGCCGGCGACCAAGCAGCAUUUGACGAGGCGGUGGAGGCAAUGCGAGCUCAGCCUGAUCUCGCCAGCAAUGUUCGCUGGGGCCUCGAACAGGGACUAUGGUCGUUUAACACCAGGUCUGGGUUUGAAUUCUUCGAGAAAACUAAAGAAUUCACGAUGGAGGGCAUCAUCGACAAAAUCCAGGUGCCUGUUUGGAUCGCAGAUGCUGAGUUUGAAGGCUUUUUCAAAGGACAAUCAGAGUUGGUGCAUCAAGCUCUCGGUGAUCUGGCAACGCUUCAUGUUUUCGCAGACACGGCCGGGUACCACUGUCAGGUUGGAGCCUUGCAGGAGCUCAAUAGGGCUAUGUUUGGUUGGUUACAGAAGACGCUCUACUAA